AUGGAUAUUACUCAUAAUUGGCAAGUCAAGCAAUUGGAUGUAAGUAAUGCCUUCUUACAUGGCUUCUUAGAUGAAUAUGUGUACAUGUCUCAGCCACAAGGGUUCAUAAAUCCUGAUUAUCCUCCAGAUUUUAAAUCUGUUUCAGAUAAUUCUAUGUUUGUUCUUCAUUCUCAGUCUGGAAUACUUGUUUUAUUGCUCUAUGUGGAUGAUAUUUUAUUAACUGGAAGUUCUGUUAUGAUGAUUGAUGCUUUGAUAACUUCUCUUAAACAAGAAUUUGCAAUGAAUGAACUUGGAAAUCUGGGUUAUUUUCUUGGAAUUGAAGCUGUUAGAAAUAAUGAUUCUCUUGUUUUAACCCAGAAAAAGUAUACAUCGGAGUUAUUGUAUAAAACUAAUAUGUUGGAUUGCAAGUCAUGUGACACACCAGUAGUCAAGGAUCCAAGGGUUUCUUUACAUGAUGGUACAGUCUUAGACAAUAUUAGUGAAUAUAGAACUGUUGUGGGAAGCUUACAAUACUUAACAGUUACUAGGCCUGACAUCUGUUUUGCUGUGAAUUAUGUGUCACAGUUCAUGCAUAAACCUACAUACAUUCAUAUGCAACUAGUAAAGAGAAUCUUGAGGUAUUUUAAAGGCACACUUGGUGUUGGUAUUACUUUGAAGAAGAGCAGUUUGACAACCUUAAGAGCAUAUACUGAUUCAGAUUGGGCAGGUUGUCCAGAUACAAGGAGAUCCACUUCAGGUUAUGCAUUAUUUUUGGGUUCUAAUUUGAUUUCUUGGUCUUCUAAGAAACAACCUAUUGUUUCUAAGUCUUCUGCUGAGGCAGAAUAUAAGUGUUUAUCUGUUGCUUCAGCUGAGUUAAAAUGGCUUGUGGAUUUAUUAUAUGAUUUACAUAUUUCUGUUACCAGUCCGCCUUUACUCUUGUGUGACAAUACAAGUGCUUUGGCAUUAGCAUCUAAUCCUGUUUUCCAUGCUAGGAAAAAGCACAUAGAGAUACAAUAUCAUAUUGUAAGAGAGCUGGUGGAGAGUGGAUUUCUAGAGUUGCAGCAUAUUUCAAGUGAAGACCAGUUAGAUGAUCUAUUUAGUCGGGUGAUAAAACGAGAUAUAAGCCGGUAUUAG